AUGAAUAACACAAAGAAGAGUGAGAUGGUAAAGGAGAAGAAGGAUGUGAGUAGCUCUAACACGACGAAAACCCUGUGGGUAGGGGACCUGGAUAAAAUAAAAGACGAAGUGGUAGAUGAGAACUAUAUCUUACACCGUAUGUUUUACGAAUUUGCUGAAGAUAUAAUAAAAGUAAAAUUAUGCAAGGAAAAGAAUUCGCAAAGACAUUCCUAUGCAUUCAUAGAAUUCACGAAUUAUGAUAUGGCCAAGUACUGUUUUGAUAAUUUAAACGGUAAGUGGAUACCUGGAAGGAUACACAGGUUUAAAUUGAACUGGGCCAAAUACAAUAUAACUGAGAAUGUUAAUACGCAUGAGAAGAAUUUAGACGUUGAGCUGGAUGAUAAGGGUACAUAUUCUAUAUACGUUGGGGGAUUACCCAAAGGAACGACAAAGGAAGAAAUCGAAACGCUAUUUUCCCAGUUUUAUUCCAGUAUCUGCUUCGUUAAGAUGAUUAAAAAUGUGCAGAAAAAUCAAAAUACAAUAUAUUGCUUUAUUCAUUUUUUUAAUUACGAUGAAUGUAUUAAAGCUUUAAAAGAAAUGGAUGGUUAUGAUUUUAGGGGCUGUAAAAUUAAGGUGAGCACAUCUAAGGGGGUAAAAGUAAACAAGGGGGGGAUAGGGGCAAACAAUUACUACUACAAAAAUAACAAUUAUCAAAUGAACAUGAACAGUUUGAAAGGAGUGAAUAUGGGAAGCUACCAUGUGGACGCAUAUGGGGGCAACUACGCCCAUGGAGGAUACACUCACGGCAACUAUUCACAGGGAAGUUACAACCAGGCAGGCUACCCAACCGGGAAUUACAGUCAAGCAAACCACCACCACAACAGCCUUAACAGCAGCAGCAACGACUGUGCCAACAGCAGUAGUAAGGUAGAGAACAACCAGACGAAUGAAGAAGAAAAUAAGAACGUCCCUGAAGCUGGAGUAGCAGCCCCUGGGGGGGUGCCUACUGGGGAAGAUCCAAACAAAAAUUAUUAUAUGUACUACCAAAACGUAAACAGCGAAAUGAACAAUCCUUAUAAGUUAAACUACUACGACCACAUAAGCUCCAAUGUUACUUCAUACCCUGCGUACAGCAACACAGGGAACCAUGGGACACCUAGCCUGUCGUUUAAUUCGAAUGGCUAUGGCAGUGAGAUGAAUUACUACAGUGGACAAAUAACUCAAAUAGCACAAAUGAACAACUACGGAAAUGAUAUCAAUCACACGGGUAACUUCCAGGGGAGCAAUGGACAUGUGAACAAUUACACCUCCGAAUUCAAUUGCGUAACUAAUUAUAAUCUUACCCCUGGAAAGGAGGAUGAACAGAAUCAUCUAAACUACAGAAUGGGGAACGUAAAUUAUUCUUCUGCUGUUAACAGUGAAGAUGCUGAAGAUAGCCUGAAAAAUAUGAAACAUGAAAAAAAGGAAGGUAAUGGGAACCUGAAAAAUGAAGAAAUGUCCACGGAAGAUAAUAUAAUAAAUCAUAUGACGAAAAAAAAUGGAAUGAUGGAAGGGAAUCUAAACAGCAUGAACCACCACUAUGGGCUAAACUUUUACAAUCGCCCCUGCUCAAACAACGAAUAUAGUAACAAUUGCUUCAAUCCAAUGGGUCUUCACAAGACUAAUGCAAAUGGAGAAAUUAACUAUAAUGGCAGUAGUAUGGGGAGUUGUCACAUGAACGAUAUGAGCAGCGCAAAUAAUUAUUACUAUAAUGGGGAAGCGCAGAACCUCGAGGGGAGAAGCAACCAGGGGAAAAACAAUAGCAGAAAUCAUAGCAACACUAACAACAGCACGAACAAUGGAAGUGUAGACAACAACGAAACUAUUGACAAUGAGCAGAGCGUUCGCAAAAAUGAUUUUAUCGAUAAUGACCACAGCGAAGGCAUGAAUGGAAAUAACGUUGAGGAUAAUAAGUGA